GCGAAUGAGCGACUGGUUUUCAUUCAUCAAGUGACAUACGGUUUGGAUAAUUUAUCAAAACAAGAAUACUAAUCGAGGCCGAAUUGAACAUUGUAACUGACAUGUUUUACCACAUUUCCUUGGAGCAUGAAAUCUUGCUACACCCGAGGUAUUUUGGUCCGAACCUCCUCAACACCGUGAAGCAGAAGCUUUUCACAGAAGUGGAGGGUACCUGCACUGGCAAGUAUGGCUUCGUCAUUGCAGUCACCACCAUUGACAACAUUGGGGCAGGUGUAAUUCAGCCAGGCAGAGGGUUUGUCCUGUACCCUGUGAAAUACAAGGCCAUUGUGUUUCGGCCAUUUAAAGGGGAAGUGGUGGACGCUGUGGUUACUCAGGUUAACAAGGUUGGAUUGUUCACCGAAAUUGGUCCCAUGUCUUGCUUCAUCUCUCGCCAUUCCAUCCCCUCAGAAAUGGAGUUUGACCCCAAUUCUAAUCCUCCUUGUUAUAAGACAGUUGAUGAGGACAUUGUAAUCCAGCAAGACGAUGAGAUCCGGCUUAAGAUUGUGGGAACACGAGUGGACAAGAAUGACAUUUUUGCUAUUGGAUCUCUCAUGGAUGAUUAUCUGGGUCUUGUGAGCUGAUUCAUCCCAGAGGUUUCACAUUACAUGGGACAUUUUAUGUAGUAGCCUAUUUCUUUCUUGGUUAAAAUUGAUAUUUUUCUACACUGAUUGAUUUUGUUUGGUGACAGGUGGUGAAGCCCCAUAGCUACAUUGUUUUGUCGUUAUUUGUUUGUAUUGCAAGUAGUGCAAAAGAAAAUUUACUUGUAAUCAGAAAUAAUUCAUAUGCUUAAUUUUCAGUUUUUUCGUUGAAUUCGUAAUUUUGAUCUCAACUAUAUAUUGAUUGUUUUUUGUAUGU